AUGAAUAUGUUGGAUGAUGAAGAUGACCAAAGCUUUCACGCUACGCGUGACGGCUACUCCCAUUUGAGCGAUGUCGAAUGGGAUGCGGUUGAACGAAUGGGUUCGACCAUGGGCAUCCAUGCUGUUAGCGUCAUGCUAGAGGCUCUCAAUAGAGAUGCCCAACAUGCUACUAUCGCCAAGUUCAUUCAAAAUGAACUUGACGCAGAACGCGAGAAAGUAGCCUUGCUUCACCAACAAGGUUCUCAACAAGCAGAGUUGUUGAGAGAACAAGGUGCUCAACAGUUUGAACUGUUGAGACAGCAGCAGGCUGCUGCUGGCGGGUCGAUGCACUCGCGUCGGCCCGAGACUUUGAAGAUUGACAUCUCAAAGUAUAGGGGGGUCGAAGAAGACUCCCUCUUGAGAUGGUUCGUCGAAUUGGAUGACGCCAUAAGGGCGCGUCGCAUCGACGACGGGGAUAUGCAAGUUGCAUUUGCCCAGUCAAAUCUGGCAGGACGUGCCAAGACUUGGGCACUGGGGCUCAAGCUGCACGACCCAUACGCGUUUGGGUCGUUGGAAGUCUUCAAGUCGCGGCUCAGACAAACGUUUGAACCGCCUAGAGCUGAGUUCAGAGCUCGAACUGAACUCUUGAAGCUCAAGCAGGGUAAGCGUGAUGUGCACGCUUACGCUCAACAUAUACGACAUCUCACGAGUUGUAUAAGUUCCAAUCCGGUGGAUGAACACACGUUGGUUUCGGUGUUCAUGCAGGGUCUUGCGGAUGGUCCCGUCAAGACUCACCUGUUCCGGCUUGAACUAGAUUCACUAGAACAAGCCAUUUCAAUUGCGGAGCAGGAAGACUUCAGUCUGAGACAGGCUCGCGCCAGCUCGACAUCAUAUCGUCAACCGAGACGAUAUGACAACGGAGGUCCAGAGCCGAUGGAACUCUGUUAUGUAGAGAGCGAGAAGGCUCACUCUACAGGCUACAAGAAGUUGCAGAGAUGCAACAGAUGUCAAAAGACAGGACACUACGCUUACGAGUGUAGUGCCCCUCGUCCAGUGUCUCGCAACACUGGGCGUAGUGACCGUCCACCCAUGAGAAAGGGGCAGGGACGAGGGUCCGCAGUUGGUGCAAAGACGCAACAACGGGAUGGACCGUCAAAAAACGGACAGGAUCAGUAG